CGUCUAUUCGAGUUAUGAAUGAAGUCAUAUCACUGCAAGGCGGAUGGGUCGAAUUCACGCAGUUCAGGGAUAAGUUUGGAUUCUGAUCCGAGUUCUAGAAACUCGAAGAUGCUUGUCGGACUUGGAGGAAAGAGGAUUGCACAACAGACCAAUUUCGAGAAAUUGGACUGGUUUGCUGGAGAACUGAUACUGGAACACCAAAGGAGAAGUUCCCGAAUAGCUCCAACGGUCGCAAGCAAGCUACCCCUCCUAGAGCUUAAAGAAAAUGCAGGAGGGGAGAAAAUAAGGGAAAAUUACGGGGUUGGUAAAACAUCUGCUUUUGCUUUACAGGAAGAUUGAAGGAUGGAGUGAGAGCAAUAGAUAUAAAGCAACUUAAAGUGUUUAUAUAAUCAAGAACUAAUUGUAAAAAAACAAAAUCUUCUUGAGAUGAUUUAUGUAAGUUGAUGAGAUUCCUUGUCCACCUAAAAAAGGAGGCUCAGUGCAGUAUGAAAUUAGAUUAUGUUUAUGUCCCCUCCACUCUUCACUAAAAAAAAUAAUACUGAAGAGUGAGACAGAGGAAGAGUGAAGAAGAUAUAUUGAGUGGAGU